AUGAACCGGUCGGCGGACCAUUUGUUCCCGCGCGGCAAUGCCCGUUUCGGCAGCGCGUUGCCCUUCGCGUAUUUAAGCUUGGGUGUGGCGUACUGCACCGUGUUGGUGGAGCUGCACUUGUACUCCGGAGUGUGGGUGCUUUUUCUGGCUGCGCUGUACGGCUCCGUCUGCGUCGGGUGGGUCUUAGGCGUCUCGCAACUCGCCCAGCGCGCUAUCUCCCACCGUGGACUCCGGAUGCUGAUCGCCGGUACCUUCCUUCUCUUCACCGCCGGCCUCGUCCAGAGCGCUGUCGUUCAGUACCAACCCCUUGCUCUGCCCAGACACGAACACCUCAUCAUCAGCCCUAUCUCACCCCUCGUCUCUAACCUCCCCGAACCUGGACCCAACCUGGAUGUCGGGCGCAGUCCCGGUGCUGCCGAGACCAACCAUACGUCCGGGUCCGACAGGCCGGGUCCUGAAGACACCAACUCUCCCAAGCCACGCCUCUCCGCAGACAACCAGCGGCCGCAGCCUCCCCUGAAGUUCAAUAUGGGAGAAGCUGUGUCAGGCAUCUUAGGCAUGCCGGGGCUCUUCGACCAAUUCAGUUUUACUGAGGAUCCCGACCGCGCAAACGCCAACCACCAACAACCGAAGAAACUGCAGCUCCUGGACCAGGGUGCUCUGGGCCUGGGUGCGGGAGCGCCGGAGCAAGCUGCCCUGGAACAAGGCGGCAUAGUUCCCGAGCAGGCUGCCUUGGAACAAGCAGGCGGAUUAAUCGAGACGGGAGGGCCGCAGCCGUUCCCAGCAAUUCUGGAGGACGCGGAGGCCGAAUCGCCAGUCCCGGAGUACAGCGUGGUUCCCCAGGUUCCCGAGAUUCCUGACGUUCCCGAGGUGUACACUGAAGCAACUGAACACGCCUUGCCUGCAGCGGAGGUGUUGCCUGGGGAGAUCGUACCCGGGUUCGAGUAUGUCACGGACGACGAAACAUCAGUGACGGCCGCGACUGGCCCAUCAGGUCUGCUGCCUCUGGACCUGCCUGCGGUUGUGGAGGCUGUGUACUGGACACAAGCUGCGACCCAGACGGAGGUGAGCGCGGCGGAGGCGAGGGACCCGGAGGUGAGGGACACGGAGGCGGUGGCCGAGGUGCCCGGUGCGGAGUUGUGGACGAGCAGGAGGCAGUUGCUGCCGCGUAGGAUGCAGCUGGAGAUUGCUAGGGAGUUGCACAUCAAGACCAUGCUCAUGCUGGGCUUCCUGCUCCCCUGGGUCCUGGUCGGUGUAUGGGUAUUGGCCGUAGCCUUCGACCUGGACACCAAGUGUCCCUGUGCGCAGCCCGAGAGGCCUGAGGAGGGUGACCCGGGAGCAGAACUCCCCCCUGCGCCACACUUGGCCCUGGGGGGGCCGCCCUUGGCGCGGGGGGGGGCACCCUUAGCGCCGGGGGGGGCACCCUUGGCCCAGGGGGACCAACCCUUGGUCCGGGGGGAACCCCCUCCCGCUCUAGGGCACGAUGACGAGAGAUGUCACGAAGCAAUCGAAUUGACCCAGUCGUCUGAAGCGUCGGACCCGGAAGACUUCUUGACGGUGGUUGACGCCAGCAACCCGCACCCGUGA